UCUAUCUUCAUUAGAAAAAUAAUGUCUUUGAUUCUCAACGAACUCUUUGAUCCAUUUCUUUCUAUGAUCAACCGUUGUCCUGUUUUGAAUACCCCCAUUGACUGGAAAGAGACUCCGGCCGCUCACAUCUUCAUCGCCGAUCUGCCCGGGUUAAAGAAGGAGCAGGUCGAGGUGGAGGUGAUGGAGGACGGCAAUGGACGGCUGCUGCAGAUAAGCGGAGAUAGAGUAGAUGCUACCGCCAACGAUGAGAACGAUGAGAGUAGCGGUCAUAAAUGGCGGCACGUGGAGCGUUGUCGGGGAAAAUUCUGCAGGAGGUUCCGGCUGCCGGAGAAUGUGAAAGCGGGCGAGGUGAGGGCGGCGAUGGAGAAUGGAAUUCUGACAGUGACAGUGCCAAAAGAGGAAGUGAAGAAGCCGGAGAAAAAGGUGAUUGAGAUUGAAACAGUUUAGGAGCUUCGGAGUUUUGAUGUUUGUCAUAGUUUGAGAUAAUGCAUGCUGGUGUGGCGCAGUAUCUGAUCAAUAUGUUUGUAUCUUCUUUCUUUUUCUUUUUCUUUUUCUUUUUUUUUUUAAAGAAGAAAACGUGCGUGUAAAAUGGUCAAGAAGUAAAUAAAUGAUUGGUUGCUAUG